AUGGCAAAUCCAGUAUCGGACGGUAUCGCUUACAAACGGGACGCAAUGUUUCUGAAUAAUGUGUUGAUUUUUGUCACCAUCAUCAACAUCGCCGUCGUCUCGGACAACUGUCCUUCCAACACUGUGCUUCCAGCGUUCUCGAGCAACAGACGUCUUACCGUAUCCCAUAUGUUGCGCAAAGAUGGUGUUAUUGUGGUGUGCUUGGUUUUAUCCAUCUUUCCUCACCUGAUCGAUGGACAGAGUAAAACGUUUGCCUGUAGCUUCAACUCACAAGAAGCAGCUUCAAUCGGAUUUCUUCCCGAAUACGUUCCCAUGGAGAUCUGCACGCACGUGAUCUUCAAGUGGUUUCGCUUUCCGCGGUUCGUCGCUCGUCAAAUGCUGUUCGAUGACAACGACAAGAUAACGUUCUCCCGACUUGUGACGAGCGUUCGGCAGCGCUCGAGGACGGGGCGCGUGGUGGCAUCGAUCGACGGUACAGGGUCGGACUUUUCCAGCGCAUCCGGGACGAACGUGCGAAGGCGAGCAUUUGUUCAAGCCGCAUCGACGUUGCUACUGGAGCUGGACGCCGAUGCGAUCGAGCUCAACUGGGAGCGACCUGGCAACGAAAAUACUGGCACAGGAAUUGCAACCGAUCGGCUUACGAUGGUGACAUUGCUGCAGGAUCUGCGGCAGGUGGUGAACGCGGCCAGCAGCCUCAUCAAAGGACGCCCUCGGGAGCUAUGGAUCCGUGGGACCAUCCAUCCGAAUCUGAUCUCUUCGUCCUACAACACCUUUGACGUGUGCGAUCUGGUCGAUCAGGUAACGCUCGAUACGACCUCUACUGCCGGAUCGACAUCACACGCGCCGACCUACAGCGAGAGUAUCACUUUGCCUAACUUUUGGGGCUUUAAAGGCCAAAUUAUUUACCUGAGAAACGGUCUUGUGAAUGCGACACAGACAUGGAUCAACAGCGGUUGCCCUCCGAAGAAAGUCCUGCUCGGCAUUGGUUUGCAUGGUUUCUUGAAAUCGGGUUUUUCAGCCGAAAUUGGGUUCUUUUCUAACAGACGUUGUUCACUUUGUGCAGAUGACCAGGAACGAAUGACCUAUCGGGAACUCUGCCAGACCUUGCGUGAACGAGGAUGGUCCUUUGGAUGGGACCAGCAAGGUUUUACACCGUACGCCACUAGAUCGUUCUACAACGGGCAGUUGCAGCGGCUAAGCUACGAGGAUGUCAACUCGCUGCGCUACAAGAUGGAUCUGGUCGAACAGCAACGGCUCGGAGGCGUCUACGUGGACAAUAUCCAUUCGGACGACAUCUAUGGCACCUGUGGACAGGCGUACCCUCUGGCAGGCUACAUUGCGUCCCGUUUACAAGCGAUACCGUCCGACAUUGGGUUUGCCAUCGAAUGGAACUAG